CGGGAUGGGCGUUCCGCGAGUUAGUAGCACCGCGUCAGCCGAGCUCGAGCUCGGUCGUGCAAGGCGGCCGCACCUGUUGAUCCUCGACGAUUCACGCGAAGCGCGCCUCACUGAAGAAAGUUGGAAGCCUGAAGGUAUAGAAACGCAAUCUGGUGGAGUGCUGGGCAGUUCCUUGGACUACGCUGCAGCUUUGAUGCUGGCUGCUAUGGCAGCCGUGCUACUUGCCGCUGUUGGCUACCAGUGUGCUGCUACAUGGAGGUGGCUCAUGGGCAGUUGUUACAGGACCCGACGUAAUUCUCAGGACAGCAAUUGUGAUUCCCUCUCCCGACAGGCGGCGAUACGAAUAAGCCACUCACUCCCCGACCUGCAAACAGAGCCCUUGAAAGAGGAGUAUGUUCAGGAACACAAGGAUACAGCUAAAAAAGUUCUAAGACAGACGACUCUGCCAAUAGUCCCCGACCGCCACCAGACAUUUCAAAGGCAGCUAUCCCACCGAUUGGAUCUACCUUCGAUACAGUUCAGCAUAUGCAGUUUGGAGCGAGCUGACUCUUCUAUUGGACUUAUAAAACCGGAAUUGUACAAGAAUGAACUGGUUCGCCAAUCAUCAACAGACAGUGCUGAACUUGAAUUCUGUGGUAAACUCCACUUCGCGCUGAAGUACGAUCAGGAGGUGGAAGCGUUGGUUGUCAAGAUAUUCGAGGCCCGUGACCUGCCUAUCAAGGAUGUAACCGGAAGUAGCGACCCGUACAUAAAAGUCUUCCUUCUACCAGACCGGAAAAAGAAAUUCCAGACUAAAGUUCACCGGAAGAACCUCAACCCUGUCUUUAACGAGACGUUUUUGUUCAGCGUCCCCUACGACGAUCUUCGUCAACGCUACCUACAAUUCUCCGUGUAUGACUUCGACCGUUUUAGCCGACACGACCUCAUCGGUCAUGUGGUGCUGAAAGGUCUACUCGAGUCUGCAGACCUGACCCAAGAGAUUGAGUACACGAUGAACAUAUUAGCUCCACCACAGGAGAAAAAGGAUCUCGGAGAGCUCAUGCUAUCCCUCUGCUAUUUGCCUACUGCUGGCCGACUGACUGUCACUGUUAUCAAAGGAAGGAAUCUUAAAGCCAUGGACAUUAAUGGAUCUUCUGACCCCUAUGUGAAAAUCUGCCUCAUCUGUCAAGGGAAACGAAUAAAGAAAAAGAAAACUACCGUCAAAAAGAACACACUAAAUCCCGUGUACAACGAGGCGCUGGUUUUUGAUCUACCCGCAGAAAAUGUCUACGACGUCACACUGCUCAUAAAAGUCAUUGAUUAUGAUUUAAUCGGACAAAACGAAUUAAUCGGCUGCACAGCAAUUGGUUCAAACAUGAUCGGCAUUGGUCGUGAUCAUUGGUUGGAGAUGUUGGACAACGCUCGGAAACCAGUCGCACAGUGGUACCCGUUAAACAAGAGCCUUCCUACCAACGUCCCAGUCUCAACCAAAGAUCAUAAGGACCAGAAUGCCGCUUUGAACUGUUUAAAUGUAAGAUGAAGAGACUUCCAAACAAAUGAUCGCCAGGUAUGUCAAACGAAAUCAGGUAAUCUCGCGAUGCCAAAAGAUGUUUGUAAUUAGUGGUCUUAACGGUUGUAUGUCCAUUUACUGUAGAGAUUCUAGUGAUAUUCUUGUGACGAGAUAAAAAUGAUUAAUUAUACUAUUGAUAUUUAAACUGGACGUAGAUUUGCUACUAAGGGGUGAGCCCGGGAAUCUAUAUGGACAAAUUGAUAUAGUAGCAUAUAUCAUCUAUCUAUUAAGAGGUGAAAGAUGUUUUAUCUUUCGUCAAUGCUUUUCGUAUAUUAUAGGGUUGUAAAAGAAAUAAAUGGUUUUGCUUUAGCUUCGUUAUUAAAGACGACGACGUUCGACGUUAAUCUUAGAUUCGACUAGCAAAGGAAGGUAUGAUAAAAGGCAAUGUAACUAUUUUCUCAAAUAGAAGUUAAGAGACCAAUGUAAGCCUUUUCAAAAAAUCCAUGAUAAUACACCUGACGUGGAUUUAAUUAGUUUUAUGAUUUUGUUAUAUAUUACUAUAAUAUUACUAUUUUGUCAAAAGCAGCAGCAAAACUAAUAAACACUAGAUUUUAUGAACUCGUUAAAAUUGUGAUACAGAGUUUAAUUCCGUUAAUUAUACUACCUUAACAAUUAUACGCGAUCCGCAUUGAUUAAUAAAUGUUAUUAAUGGUUGGUUCUCUUAACAGGCAUAAUAUAAUAUUUGAACAUUUGAUCAAUGUAUGUGAAAGUGGUGUGCUUAAUAUUUUUAGCCCACAGACAAUAAAGCUGUUACAAUAUUCUAAAUGUUUGUUAUCAAACUCUCUUUUGAAUUUUGCACUCAUUUAUUUUUAACGUUUCUAGAUCAUCUGGUGCUUGCUACGUUGACACUAUUAUUUUCUUGGCCAGUGCCAAAACUUCUUGAUCAAGUCCGCAGCUUUUUAUAUGUGAAAUAUCCUUGCUAGCUUAAAACCCCUCUUGUGGUGUAUAUAAUAGUCAUUUUUAUCUCGAAACCCUAUGAGUAGAUAUAAUGUUAUUGUAGACCGAGAAUCCAUUAGAUUUCUUUUCAAAGAAAUUAUUCCAAUAUACCCAAUAUUUUGAUGUACGUAGCUAUGUGUUAGAUGUAUUAUUAUCAUUGUCAUCCCUAUUUCUUUACUUCCUGUCUUUAAAAUUGGGUUAGUUAUCAUUAACUUUAGAUUAAUUGACGCAUACAUAUCUAUAACAUUAGAAAUGGUUUUAUGACAAAAAAUUUAGUUUACGUGAACAAGAUGGCGCGGGUCCACAGACUAUAAAAUCAUAAAUUCAAAUUUAUCACAGUAUAUGUUUCCAGUAAAUCAAGUCUUGAUUCAACUUACCAGUUUUAAGUGGUAGAGAUUGUUGCAUUAUCUGCAGCAGCUAACUAACCCAAUGUUGAGAUUACUAAACCAUAUCUACCAUUUUCUAUAUUUAUAAACUUUGUAAACUAUGUACAAACGCACAUUUCAAAUGAAGACUAUGUAUUAGCUAUAGUUAUAAUUGUUGUCUAUCAAAUGUUAUAUGUCUAUUCAUAUCAAA